AUGGGGUAUGGCUUCCUCCUUUAUCUCUGUAGUGAAAGAAUAGGCCUAUGAUGCAAAUCAGCCACCUUUACUCUGCUUGAGCUUUGAAUAGAAAAUAUGAGUUAUUCUUUGUCGGAGUGGGUGGUGGGUAUGCUCUGGGGCUGAGACUAGGUAGGCAUCAAGGCUGCAACCUUGAAGGGCAUGACCCUGAGAGACAGGGCCUUACUUGCCUCCUCCUCUCGUGGGCCCUGGUGUGCUUAUGAUGAACUGCACCCAGAGGGUUUCAGUGGGUGGUAGAACUCACCAAAAGAUCCCUCCUUCUUUUGACCAUGGCUAUGGGAAGAUAGGGUCAACCCCUAAACAACCUAUCGUAAGUAUUUGUACGAUUGAUUUUGCGUAUAAUUGCACAUUACCUAAAAGCAUGGAUUUACCUCUCUAGGCUUUCAUUCUUGUUCCCUCUCCUCAAUUUUGGGGUACAAAUAGAUGAUUUUUCGAAUGCAUUCAUCAGUGUUCUGCUUUCACUUUAGCUCGUUGCCAAAUGGCAGCAACAUCUCCAGUUUCCCGCUUCUCUUUACCUGUUACAGAACUUUGUCCAGCUUGGCUCGUUCCUUUUGAUGCACGCUGAGUUCAGUGUCUUGUUGAAGGCGUCUGUGACUAUGGUUACGUUUUUAGUAAACGCUAGGAUGAAGGAACCGCUUUGGGCUCCCUCGUUCAGGAACUAGAGUGUAUAUAUGUCAGCUUGAGCUGAGCCCGGGAGGGCACCUGAAGGAAGCAUUUGUUUUUGUCUUCUUCCCAGGGACUGGGGGCCAGAGUCCAGCAAGCGCUGGGAUGCGUGUGUAUGUUGUUCUGAACUAAGCUGCCUCAAACCCUGUCGCAACCUGCUCAUGACCUCAGCCGCGUAAAUCCUCCCUGGAAACCCAUUCACGCUUGCUGUUUAAUUCCAAAUACUCCUUUGGAACUGGUUUACCUUAAUUCCCCAGACGUCUUUGGGGGAGAUCACGUCAACCGCGCCAUCAUUUUGGGGAAUUCUGCCCAGUGUGCCAGCUGCUGGAGUCCACCACCGUGGGGGUGUAUGGCCCCUUUCGCUGUAAAGUAUCUGGAGGCAAAAUUAGUGGGUGAGGAAGGUGAUCCCUUGUGGCGUCCUGAGAAAAUGAAAAAAAAGAAAAUUCUUGCCAGCCGAGCAAUUGAUUCCUUUCAAGAUACCUCGAAAGGUGUCGGUGUCAACUUUGAAGAGCGGGGAGCUGGCGAAAGAGUCCCCGCAUUGGGGCUAGCUGGCAUCUUGGAGACAACGCAGGUCAAGGAACUGAGAUCUGAAUCCUGAUCUCCAUUCUGCCAGGGGCAAGCUGUACGAGUCGCUCGAUUGCUCUGGGUGUCAGUUUUCCUAGCUACAAAAUAAUGGGAUUGGCCUACUGCUGGUCUGUUAAAAUUUAAAAAUUGGGAGACUUGACAUCUAAACUCAGGUUUCCAGCUUUUAAAAAAAAAAAAGCGGGGGGUGGGGGGACUGGAUUCUCUAACGCGGUGGCGUUCCCUGCCUUGGUCCCACUGAGAAUCGAGUUUACUGUGCUGGCUUCAGGCCUUCCUGUCUUUGUCUUUAAUCGUGACCAACUUAUUAUUCUCUCUCUUCUUGUUUCUUUAUUAUUGGUAAGACUAUAUCUGGCUUGUCUUUGUGUUCGGGAUAGUAGGUGCUCAUGAAAUAUUUGUUGAAAUGUGUGGGUUUUUUUCAUUCCUGUCCUUGUCUGUCACAAAUGAAAAAGGAUACUCAAGCUUGGGAAGUGCUUACCUAUGAAAGCUUGUGUUUCCUUCCCCAGAUUUCCUUUCUAGGCUCCAGUGUCUUUAGAGGAAGAAAAUGGAGAGCCUUAUUUUUCAGUUGACCGCAUAUUAGCCUUGCCUUGUAAACUGGAAAAGGCGAGGUAACCUUUCUGCCUCAAUCUUGUCUCAACUGCCGUUCUUCCCUCAUAGUCGUCAGCUUGCAUGUAUAAUGUUAACUUCUGAGUGUUUACAAUGAGCCCCUGAGCCCCACAGAAGCACGUAUUUUAUUCUUCUUUACCCUCUAUGCUUCCUCUUCUCAGAUCCUGGCACACACCCAGACCUCCUAAUGUUUGGUUGUUGAAUGAAAUGGAGUUGACCUCAUGAGCUCCGUGAAGUGAUCAGAUCCCGAGAGCCUCUUCGGUUUUCUGAGUCUCUGUGCAGUGCUCUUUACACCUGGCUACGUGUCAUGAAGAGAAAUUUCCUUUCCCUUGAUCCCAUUUUCUUAUGAAAAAGCAUUUCAUCCAUGGGAGGGUGAAGCUCCUUUUGAACAAACAGCACAAGUUAAUCUGGAGCACGCUUCCCCACACGGAGAGCUCUUGUCUGCCGGGCAGUAGCUUUUGUCCGCUGUGUCCCCCACCGGGGUUUUAGAGGGUACUUGUCAGAAAUGCGAUUGCUCACGUAAUGGUCAGUCUCAGCCACUGCUUGUGUCUAGACUUUUCAGUUUAUCAUCUGGUAGGCCCUGUGGAAUCGUUCUGGAUGGCAUUUAUGGGCCACACCCUAACAAUUUGCACUCCAAGAAACUUAAUGCUUAAAGUGGGGCUUAGAGAUGAGUAACUGAGAUGUGUUGCUCUUCCCCACAGUUUUGCUUGAGUUGUACCAGAGGAGGGGAUUUUUCUGGUGAUUACAUAGUGGUUUGCAGGCCAGGCUGAUGGUGAUGAUCUGAUGAAUAAUUACUGCUAGCUGCAUCUGAAUCGUCAGUGCUUUGAGUCGUGUGGGCACUAAGAAAACUUUGCUAAGCAAAGAUAAGGGCUUGAGCUUGCAUCCUGUUUGCGCUAAUAUUUACUGUUGCCUAAGUUCAGAUUCUCAAGACUCUGUGUCUGCAUUGGUGUCCAGUGUGAGCACUGAGAAAGUGGUCUCAUUCUUCCUGUGGAGCCUUUUGCAUAGUCCACACUUGACCCUUGACAUCUUCUUGCUUGUGGGAGUGUCUGUCCCUCAGCUGGCUUUUGUCUCCUAAGCGUUGUGAAGUUUGGUCCUUAAAACAAACACUCUGUGCUGUGCAGCAGACACCUGUCCCCUGCCGUGUCUGUAGGCUCCACUGACCGGCACACAGACCCAGGAUUCCUGGCCCACGCGGCCGAGGUCCACAUUCCUGUGGACAGUAAUACUUAGGUGGACUCCAGUUCAGUCAUCUGGGAAGGGAAUUUUUCUGGUUUCUGAAAAAUAGGAAGCCUGUUCUGCCCGGUGGCCUUGAAGCCACAUGUCACUCCAUCAUUCAGAGCUGUGGUUGUGGUUGUUGUUUUAAUUUAUUUAUUUGGAGAGAGAAUCCCAGGCAGGCUCCAAGCAGUCAGCAAAGAGCCCAAUGUGGGGCUUGAUCCCACAAACCGUGAGACUAUGACCUGAGCCGAAAUCCAGAGUUGGAGGCUCACCUGACCGAGCCCCCCCAGGGGCCCUGGAGAUGUUUACCUUGUAUGUGCCCGGCACUGUGCUUGCAGUGGGAUACAGCAGGGAGGAAGAGAGGCAGGUCUUGGACUUUGAGGAACUUACACACCAUCGGGGCUAGUCAGUGAACAAGUAAACAAACACGAUGACCUCACAAGCUGGUAAGGGCCUGAGAAACAAAAGCCUCAUCCUGUGAGAGACUGAGUGUUCCUCAUGCCCGGGCCCGGCAAGAAGCUGUUGAUGAAGGGAAGCCGUGGGUGACGGUCACCUCUUACCUCUGCGUGUGGCAGACGUGAGUGUUGCUUAAAACAGGCGGUGUAGGAGGUCAGGCCCUGGAAUCAGGCUUCUUGCCCAGCGGGCAGCCCCACACGGGGCUUGAACUCAUGACCCUGAGAUCAAGACCUGAGCUGAGAUCACCUGAGAUCCUCAACUAACUGAGCCACCCAGGUGCCCCUAAGAUACAUGUGUUUGUGUGGGCUAAGUUUGUGGUUUUAAGAAAGCCUGAGGGCCGGAAGGCAGCCCCGGAAGAAGCCCCUGCCCGUGGGCUGUUGGAACCUUGUGGUGCAGAGGAGAAGCCGUCCCCUCCCCCGGACUUAUGACCCGUGGCUUCGCGCCCAGUGUGCCCACCGCGUUCCACGAGAUGGGCUCCUUCCGCAGGCCCCGGCCACGCUUCAUGAGCUCCCCGGUGCUCAGCGAUCUGCCCCGCUUCCAAGCCACACGGCAGGCCCUGCAGCUGAGCUCCAGCUCGGCCUGGAACAGUGUGCAGACUGCCGUGAUCAACGUCUUCAAAGGGGGUGGCUUGCAAAGCAACGAACUCUAUGCACUGAACGAAAACAUCAGGAGGCUGCUGAAGAGUGAACUUGGAUCAUUCAUUACAGACUAUUUCCAGAAUCAGCUUCUUGCCAAAGGCCUGUUGUUUGUGGAGGAGAAGAUUAAGCUGUGUGAAGGGCCAGGAGCUGACCAUCCGCCAGAUCUCUCUGCUGGGCUUCCGCGACCUGGUCCUGCUGAAGGUGAAGCCGGGCGACUUGCUGCUGGCCCGGUCCCAGCCGCCCUCAUCCAUUGUCCAGAUGUUGCUCGUCCUGCAGCGAGACGCCACUCCAGGGUCCGGCCCAAGGUGGCUGUCCUGAACUACGCCUCCCCAACGACCACCAUCAGCCGGCCGCCGAAUGAGACGGCUCUGACCCCUCUGACGGAGCAAGAGGGGGAGGCCUACCUGGAGAAGUGUGGCAGCGUCCGAAGGCACACGGUGGCCAACGCCCACUCAGACAUCCAGCUGCUGGCCAUGGCCACCAUGAUGCACUCAGGCUUAGGUGAGGAGCCUGGCGGUGAGGACAAGUGCCUGCUCCUGCCGCCCAGCUUCUCCCCACCCCACCGACAGUGCUCCAGUGAGCCCAACAUCACCGACAGCCCUGAUGAGCUGGAGGAGGUGACAGGGGGCAGCCAGGGGGACUCUGAGCUGAACUGUGCUUCCCUCGGCUGAAUGCCCGCCUCUGGGACUUCCCAGCUCCGGCCUGGUCACCAACACGAGGACCGCCCCAUCCCCAGGGGCUCACCAAGGGGCUCUUCCUGUGGGUGACGCUGCCCGUGUCAGGCCUAGCCCAAGUGCCCUAGUGGAAAUCCCGGGUGUGAACCUCUUUGUUUUUGUGACUGUGACCAUCUCUUUACAGCCACACAGACCCAACUGCCUAAUGUUCCCUUUCUGCUUGCCUGACUCCAGACCCCCCUCUCUGGGCUUUUCUCCCAGAUAGUGGACUGUCCGACGCUCCCAAUGAUGUGGCCCAGGGCCCCCCUGGCGUUAUGAUAGCAGGAGGUCGGCUGAGCCACACACAAAGCCAGUGAGGAUGCGUCGGCCUCUGGAGUUCCCCGUUAGGUUCUUGUGAUGCGGGGCUCACAGGUGAGAACAGGUAGUGGAGGGGUGUCCUUCCCGCCUAUUCUGUAGGGAGUGGAAGGAGGCAGCAGCCUGACCAAGGCACGACUCUGGGAGUGUACUUUCCUUAUUUUAAUUUCACAAUUACUGGAAAGAGUUGCCCCCCUCACGCGGGUGAGGGCCAUUCUCACCCGUAUCCAGAUCCUACCUGCCACCUUUGCCUUUUGGCCCAGGAGGGCUACAGGGCUGGGGAAGUCCCCUCUUUGACAAAGCCUCAGCAUUUCCCUCUCAGGCCUCCCCACCAAGCUCAAGGAACUAACCUCCUUGGUGGAGUAGCUGGUGCCUUCAUUCCUCUUUCAUUUCAGACACUGACCAUUUUCCUGUUGUGGGUGAGGGGCCAGCUGAUAACCAACCAAUUAGUCUGUUCCUGGAUUUGACUUGAAUUUUGUAAAUGUGCAUCGUUUCAAAAGGAAGUGUUUGCAAAUAUUUGCACGUAGGAUCUUGCACUGCUCAUUUCCAGUGGGGUGUGUCCUCAAACUAGAAAAUAGCCCCCCUAGGAAAGGAGCCUGGAAGUUGUUCAGGGCGCAGGGGAUCCGUGGUGGGCAGGGCUCAUCAGCUGCUGAGCGCCGGAAGCCACUGGACUUGAAUCCAGAACGGCCUGUGUUUGUGAGUGUCACGGUCGACAGCACUGAGGCUGGGAGCCUCACUUUGCCUCGUGAGCAGAGGGUGGCAGCAAAUGGAAUGUCUCAAUGCUUCACCAUAGAGGGAGAUGGGGGAAAUGUGGGCAGGACCUUUUGGAGAGAUGUUCAUUCCCUGUGAUUAAAGAAAUGCCAGAAGUGCCUGGAAUUUCUAACAUCUGAGCUCUCAAAAUGCUAUUUGGGGCAGCAGGCUUUGGUACUGUGCUGAAUCCUUAACACUGCUCCCCCAGGUCUGGGCUUUUGAUCCACCUAGAACCCCUGUUCUUCUCUUUGUAUCUGCCUGUUGGCCUCACUGAUAACACAUCCAGAAAAGCGAGAAGGAUCCCCCGAACACUUCUGGCACCUUUUAGGUGUGCUGUUGGUCUUUGGAAACUGUUUAUAAAAUCUCAGAGACAGGAGCCAGCUUGGCCUCCAAUAUGGCAGGAGGAGGCUGGGAGAGGACAAGGACAGUGUAACCUGCCAGCAGGGGAAGAGGCCUUCUAAGCACAUCGAAGCCUUGAUGGCUCAUCCCUUCUAGGUGAAGAUCUGGAACGUGACCAGAGUCAUGCUUUUUUGAUGGCUUCUGAUUUGGAAACUUUAAGAAGUUGUCUCAUUUUUAUUCUUCUAAGAGAGGGUGGAAGAGAAGUGUCCAAAGGAGGUCUUCUGAGGAUUUCAAACAAAAAAAUUAUCUCUGUGUAUGCGUUGGAUAAAGUCCACAAAUUGACUAACGUGCGUUAGCAAAUAGAACGUCAGUAAGUCACAACAUGAUGAUUUAUUUAACUGAUGGUGUGUGUCCUUACUGGUACACUUGGCACUUGGGACUAGUAUUUAUUGAUCCAGGCAAGGUAAUUAAUCAGGCUUGGGUUUGCUUUUUAGUUUACAACGUUCAAGGUCUAUAUGCUUUUAAAUGCCUUGUCCGUAUACUAAAUGCCCCUGAUGAGGACAGCAGUCAUCGGUUAAACAUGUUCGCUCUUAGGAUGUGAAUGGGAGUAUCAGCCCAGACCCACUGUGCUUUCUUGCUGAUGACUGUUAGCCAGUUUACAACUUCACCUUUGAUGUACCUGCCUGAUCUCAUACUGUAAAUAUUUCAGACUACACACACCAUUUUGUUGAUGCUUAUGGGCAUUUUAGCCAUCUGAGCUACGGCAAGAGUGAUGGCUGCGGUGUCUGCAACCACUUUUUUGCCCCUUUAGAAGAUGAAGCUAGAAUCUUCCAGUGGCUGAGUUCUAAUGACAGGAAGCUAACACGACUCGGAGCUCUGAGUGAGCUCACAAACCAAAAACCUUUCAUGUUGCCUGUUUCCAAAAUAGAUUCAAUAAACGCCAUUUUGUACACGUC